CCCGCACGCAUACAUCCCGAUUUUCAUCACUCGCCUCCUCGUCUCUCUCGCAUGCACUUCUCUGCUGCCCCACGCCCUGUCAAUGCUUCCUGUUAGCGAUCGGUACGAGGCCCCACGCCUCGGACCACCGAGCCUGCCACUGCCACUCGGCCCAACGCCAUCGACUCCUCGCAAGCGCGCCCUCCAUUCGGAGGCUGACAGCCCCUCGGUGGCAGCCUCGUCGCUGUCCCCCAGCAGGGAGCGCAAGCGCCCCCGGCCAGCCGGGACCCCUUCGCGGUCGUGGCAGCUGGCCGAUCCUCUGUCGCUGCCGUCAUCGCCGUUGUCACCGUCGCCGCCGCCGCCGUCGCCGCCGCCGCCGUCGCCACCGCCACCGCUGCAGCAGCGACAGCAGGCACAGGCGGCCGGCCGGCAGUUGGCCGCGCCCUCGCCAAGGCGCCGCGGGUCCUGGUCUUCCGAGUCGGAGGACAGCCUCGAUGAGGAUGCCUUUUUCGACGCGCGCGAUGGGACCCGCGGCGGGCGCACGCCCCCCCGGGCUGCGGCCGCAGGCCCGGUGGACCUGGCCUCCUCGCUGCCGGCAUGGCUGCGCUCGGCCCACUAUGCGGAUGUCCGUCGGGCCGAUCGGUUCUUGGUGCCGGGGCGAGUGCGCUUCCCGGGGCCGACCGGCCGAUCGCUGUAUCCGGCCAUUCCCUUUUGGCUUCCGGAGCCCUGUGUGUCGGCGGUUGUGGCCCGCAUCCAAGCGCGGGCCGCCGGCGCGGGCUGCGUGCCUGCCGACGGCCCGGGGACCCCGCGCACGGCGGCAAGCGCCCCGGCGGCCGAGUGUCGCACCCCGCCGUCGGCCGUGCCGGACAUCCGGUCACCGGGCUUCUCGGCCCCCCUGCACCCGGGCGACCAGCUGGUGAUGACCGAGGAUGAGGUCGCCGCCUGGACGGACCGGCGGUCGCGGCGCCGGGGCUUGCCCCGGGGGCCCGGGCUCCGGGGCUCGGAGCCCAUGGCCACCGCUCCGGCCGAGGGGUACCCCUGGACGCCGAGCUCAAGGGCAUCCGGCGCGCGCCGGCCCACCCUGUCACGCGCACCCUCCAUGGAUGCGCUGUCCUCGGCCGGCGAGGGGCAAUUGCUGGUGGCGGUGGACCGGUCGAUUUCACAGUGGCUUGAUCGGGAGCCCGAGCCGCCGGUGGUGGCCUCCCCCGGGCGUCGGCAGGGGCCAGACACCCUGGGACAGGGCCCGACUCGGACUCCCAUCCGGCCGGGCGACGCCAGGCCCGUCGGUGCCUCCGGGCAGGAAAGCCCCAUUUUCCGCGAUCUGCCCCCGGAGGAGGUGUUCCCCGGGUCGAGGGCGCUGCUGCUGCAGGGGACGCCGCCCCCCUGGUGCCGGCCGUCGAAAUCGGCCAAUGACUCUGGCCCCGAGGCGCCAUCCCCCUGGGGAGGGACCACCACCCCGGGGCCUGUGCCGACCAUCGGCGGGGGGGCCUCCCUGGCCCUGUGUCCAGCGGAGGCGACCCCGGCCAUGGCGGCCAGCCCGCCGCCGGAUGAGGAGUACUUCGAGCGCCGGAUGCAGGGGCUCCGGCCAAGUUGGUGGCAGCCAGCACCGGGCAAGCUGUCGGCCGGGGGUGGCCCCUCGUCGCUGCUCUUCCCGGCGGCCGAGGAGGAUCCCGCCGAGGGGCCGGCCUCCGCGAGGGCGGCCCUCUUCCCCGGCCAUGUCUCGACCGUGGCCCCGGCCCCGGCCCCGGCUCCGGCUGCGGCCGGCGAUGUGGUGACUCCCCUCCCUGGCGAGCGGUCCCGGGCCACCGGGGCCGCCACAUCGCGCUGGACCGGCGGGGGCGAGGUAGCCGAGCCGGCGGCGCCCGGCAGCCGGACAGCCCCCCGCCGCCGAGGGGCCACCCCCUGGAGCCGGCCCUCCUGGGAGUGCUCACCGAGCCUUAACUGA